GGCUGAGUCAAGGAAUACUUCCAAAACAACAUUAUCAAUAGGUGCAUAAUAUCAGUAGCCUACCAAGAAAACGUUACAUUAACCUCACUUUCCUGACGAAUCAAAACAUGUAACAGAGAAUACAAUAAUUAAAUACUAUAAUAAGAUAAACAUUAAAUGAAGGCGAAGAAACAUUCACAUCGACUCUCAGGCUAAACAUUUUCUCCCUCUGCAUUAAUGGCUACCCCUGAAAACGACGACGUCUUUCCCGAGAAACAACCAUGGGGAACAUUAGAAGACCUCCUCCUCGCCUGCGCCGUACACCGUCACGGCACCGACUCAUGGACCUCCGUCUCCGCCGAAAUCCAGAAACGGAGUCCCAAUCUCUCCUCCCUCACCGCCUCCGCCUGCCGCCACAAGUACUUCGACCUCAAACGACGGUUCACUCAAGAAAUUACUUCACCGGAUUCCGUCACCGAGAUCUCGACCGUCCCUUGGCUCGAGGAGCUUAGGAAGCUCCGAGUCGAUGAGCUUCGUCGCGAAGUUGAACGAUACGAUCUAUCCAUCUCGUCGUUGCAAUCGAAGGUGAAGAGAUUGGAAGAAGAGAGGGAGAAGAGCUCAGAUCUAGAAAAGAAAGAUCUCCGCCGUGAAUCGGAUCGCGACGGCGGUGAACUGGUCCCGAUUUCUCCGGAUCCGGUAGAUAACAUCAGUCCUGGAACCGGAUCGGCGAACGUGAAGAGAGAGGAGGAGAUCGUCGAAGGUGGAGAACCUAAGCUGACGGGAGAGGAUUCGUGCAGAGGGAGCUGUGAGAGCGUGGAGAAGGAAAACUCGGAGCGAGUUGAACCGGGGAGAGUGAUCGAGUUGACUGAGUCAGAGGGGAAGGAGACGAGUGACGUGCAGAGCUCGGCGAGUUUGCCGAGGAAGGGAGCGUCGGAAGUGGAUAAGGAGGAGGAGGAGGAGGAUCAAUCGCCGAGCGCCAAGGAUUUCAAUGUUGAAUCUCAGCCGUCGAUUAGUUUCGUCGAGAUGCUUCUGUCGCAUCCCUGUGGCUCCCACUUUUCGCGCCGACUCGAAACUCAGCUACAGGAAACACCAGAGUACGGUAAGAUUAUAAGACAGCACAUAGAUUUUGAGAUGAUUAGGAAACGGUUCGAAGAAGGCUUGUACAAAAGUUCGAUGAGCCACUUGUUUCGUGAUUUGCUUCUACUUAUCAACAACGCCAAAGUCUUUUAUCACAAGGAUUCUCCUGAGCUCAACUCUGCAGAGCAGCUUCACCAACUCGUCAAGAAACAGAUGAAUACUACUCGAGAGAGACCUAGAGAGAAGAUCUCACCACCAAAAGAGAUGUCAUUGGAGUUAGUUUCGUUUAAAGAAGCUGUUGCAGUCACUUCAAAGCCGAGAAUCUCUCUCCCUAUUAUAGCUUGUAGGAAACGUAGCUCCUUGGCUGCUAAAUCUCCUUUGCUAGUGAUAUCAUCACCUUCUGGAGCUGACAUGAAAAGCAAGAAGAUAGAUGAAGUGGAUGAUGAUGAGAAGGUGGGUUCAGGGAAGGAUGAAACAACCUCUGAGAAAGAUGACGAGACUCUGGUUUUGAAGAAGUUGGUGAGAGGAAAAACCUCUACGGCUAAAAAAGUAGCAAUCAGGAACGUCAAGAACAGUGAUUCCAAUGUUGAUAAGAAAACUGAUGAAGAGGAGAAGAAUAAGAAGAAGGGUAAUAACAAUAACGGUAGCUCGAAAAAGAAAAGCGUAGAGAUUUUUCUCAAGAGAAUGAAAGGUGGUUCUUCGUCUGAUACAGUGGUGGAGACAUUAAAGCCAAUCAACAAAGCUGAUGCUAAGAAACGAGCAGCAACAACAACAACAGGGGAAAACCAAAAAAAUGAAAAAGGAAGUCCUGUGAAGAAGAAAAACAAUGGUCGAGCCAUGAAAAGUGAAGCUGCUACAUCUUCUCCUAUUCUUGCUAAGAGAAGCAGAGAAGCAAGUGAAAAGAAGGAAGCUUCUUCUUCUCCUUCUUCUACACGGUCAAAGAAACGUGUAAGGAGGUAAAUUAGUUAUAUUGUACUACUUAAUUAUAGCUGUAUUCUCUGUAGAACAGAGCUUUUGUUGUUGCUAACAAGUUAGGGUAAUGAUGUUGAUUGCAUAAUUGGGAGUAUGAGGCAAAACCAUUUAUUAGGAAUAUCUAGUUUUGGGACCUCUUUGUGAUUCUCUCUUUCUCUAAAUCAGCAAACUGCAAAGUAUGUGUUACAUGAUUUGUAUAAAAGCUUUUGGCAACGUAUGGCAAAACACACAGAAGCUACAUAUACAA